AUGAACACAGAAAUCAAAGAUCAAGAAAUGAACCGACCAGCUUCUGCACUCAGUGCUAGGAGAGGGGAAUACGGAAGAACUCUGGGUGAGGCCAAUUUUGGAAAGGAUGGGAGCCAUGUGGUUGGUUCUCGAAGAUGGGAAUUCGGAAGAACUAUGGAGAAGGAGGAGAUUGACAGUCAGAAAAAAGUUGUUGCUAAAUUAGGAGCUACAUCUCCAUUGCUGAUAAGAAAGAGGUCAUCUUCUACAGCAGGAGAGGCAUCUUUUCCAAGCUCUUCAUCUGCACUUUCUGAAUAUGUGGAAGAGCUCAGGAGGAAAAGGGCAACAGAGAAACAGUCAGGAACAUUAGGGUUAGAGGACACUUCACCCCUUCCAAUCUACCAAACAACUGGUGCCUCCUCUCUGAGAAGAUGCAGGACUUUUAAAGAGGAUGAUGAGUUCCCAAGAAUGUUUGGAGUCACUGAACGUACAGACAGUGAAGGAGUGCCUACAGGAGCAGGCCUAGUGCGCUCCUCCAGCUUAAAAUGCAUAUCAUCUCAGAACACUGAGCCAGCGCGCUCCCCAGCUCUCAAAAGAAUGUCAAAGUUUGGCUCCUGUGACUCACUUUUACUAAAUAUGGAUAAUACUUCCCUGACACUGAGUUCACCAGCUGUGGGAGUGGAUGCCUUCAAUUCAUCGAGACUUAAGCCAUGGAGAAGUUACCUGGAGCCAUCAUUAGAGGAUGCAGCCAAUGUUGAUCUGGGGAAAGAUGCUCUGGUAUUUGAGAGUAAGCAAUUCAGUGAUGUUCCAAAUGAAGGAAAGGGAAGUGACCCGUUCACUUGGAAAAUACCAACUCUCAACUAUGAAAGAAGAACAAAUGUUGACUUUGACGACUUCCUUCCAGCAAUUCGAAAAUCCCAGUCAACAAGCAGUUUGUCCAGGCCUAUCAAAGACAAGAGAGAAGGUCAGAGGCCAAUGAGUGUUCAUUUUGAAGACCAGAUUACAGCAGAUAGCACUGUGUUGUCUAAGAUAAAGACCAUUUCAAAGGCCAAAGAGGACCCUGGAAACCUCUCUGACUCAUCUUCAUCCUCUGGCUCAAUCAUUUCUUUUAAAAGUGCAGACAGUAUCAAGAGCCGGCCAAAGAUCCAAAGACCAGAAGGUGAAGGAUGUGCUGGAAAGCUAAUCACUGAAGGUGCUAAAGAGGAAAGGCGAUGGGAGGCUGAAGGGAAAGAAGAUGAUGUAAAUAACAUUAUGAUGAAAUAUCUAGGAAAAGACUAAGUGAGAACAGACAGCUGAAAACAAAAUGCUUGUAUUGAAAAAGGCCACCCCUACGUAAGUGCAGCCCACUGCUGUGGUGAGGUUCAGGGGAUGUUUCUCAGUGUAAUGCACACUCCUUAGAGCCAUCUGCACUUAAGUCUUAAUAAACAGCAUUUCUG